AUGGAUAUCUCUUCCCAAGCAUACGAAGAUGCAAAGAACACCACCAACAGCACGGAGUGUCAUUUACAGAAGUCACACUUGGCCAUUCCUGUCCUCCUAGGGAUUCUGUCUGUUGGUUGCCUGGUCUUCAACAGCAUCAGCCUGUGGAUCUUCUGGUUCAGGUUCAAGCGCUGGAACUCCAGCAUCAUGCUGCAGUUCAACCUUGCCUUGGUGGACGCUAGCAUCCUUCCCAUCACCCCUCUGACGGUGACCUAUUUUGUUCUGGACAAUCACUGGCCCUUUGGGGAGUUCCUCUGCCAGUUCCAAGCCUUCAUGAUCUACACCCACCUCUAUGGCAGCAUCUACUUCCUGACGCUCAUCAGCGUCCACCGGUACCAAGCCAUAGUUCAUUACAAUGCCAAGUCCCUCUGGAGGAAAAAGACCUUCUGGAAGAAACUCAUUUGGUUCUUCUGGGCCCUUCUCAUUCUACAAGGGUUGCCGUUGUUCUUCCUCAUCAAGACAUUGGACUCAGAUGGCAGCAUAAGGUGCCUGACUGCCUACCAGUCAGAGCUGUCCCACGUAUUCCUCAUCUGCAGCAUUGUUCUAUUGCUCCUUUGUUUUCUCCUACCCUUUUGCAUCUCCAUGGCUUCCUAUGUGAUGUUGGGGGUCUACAUUGCCAAAAUCAGCGAAGGCACGUUCCGAGGUCGAGUGAUAAAGACCAAAUCCAUACAAAUGAUCAUAGUUGCUCUGGUUAUCUUCGCCAUUGGCUUCAUGCCCUUCCAUGUCUGCAGCCCGCUGGCGACCAUUCUGAAACAUUACAAGAUGCCCUGCAAAUUGCUGCACCGCAUAGAAAUCGGCUAUUACAUUUCAUUUGUCUUCACCAUAGUCAACUGUUGCCUAGAUCCUGUCAUCUACAAUUUUGCCAGUGAGAAUUUUAACAGGUGCUUUUCCAAAACUCUAAGAAGAUUCUUCUCCUCAAAGGGAGAAAAACACUCCUCAGAAAAUGUUUGGUAA